AUGGUGUUUGUGGAUAGUCAAGUCGAUGUGAACUCGGUGAGCUUCACUUAUCCCUUCCUGGAAGGGAUCGACCCGACUGCGCCACCGUCAACUAUAUCGAUUCCGCACAAGUAUCUCGAUGCAAUGGCCAACAUGGAAAGGCAGUACUGGGACAUCAAGUCGAAACACUACAACGUUGUGGUUUUCUUCAAGAAGGGCAAAUUCUACGAGCUAUAUGACUACGACGCUGUGAUAGCGAAUCGAGAAUUCGGCCUGAAAAUGGUCUUGGACACAUCUAAUCGCGGCAAAAUGAGGUUGGCUGGCGUUCCCGAACAAAGCUACAAUGAGUGGGCUCGGCUUUUUGUUUUUCGCGGGUACAAGGUGGGCCGUGUUGAGCAGAUGAAAGAGAGCGAGAGCGAGGUGCAAACAGCGAAGAUGAAGGUCGUUCCUCGUGAACUGGUGGAGGUGUUGACCCCAGGCACCUUGAAAGAUCCGUCAAUGCUGUCCGAUCACCGGGAGGUGUUUGUUUUGUCGCUUGCCCCCGUCUUUCGCGACGGGGAACUCGUGAUUGACGCGUUUGCCGUUGAUCUGUCACGCCGCGUCGCGUAUCGGUGCCCAUGCGGUUCUCGCAAAAGAGAGGCAAAAACUGGUUGUGAUACCAUUUCCUCGAGCCUCAGCAUCAAGAGGGAAAACGGCGUUUACGGCUCUCUAAAGAACUCCACUUUGCGUGCACUGAGCGCUCUCUUGCAACAGUUGAGCCCAAAGGAGGUGAUCAUAUCAAGCAGCGAUUGGGUUUCCAAUGAUGCUGAAAGGAGGCAGACUUUCAAGCACACCUGCGACGAAAUCACAAAGUGGACGGAGAGCGAAGGGUUCUCUGUAGAGCACAUCUCCAGCAGGGCGCUGCCAUCUCUGUCGAUGACCACUAUGGUAACGGCGGAGCAGGUGAUGACGAGCUACUUCACAUUCCUUUGUCUUGCAAGUGACAUCGCUAUUUUCUCAACGGCAACGGAGUACACAACACACUUGUCUGGUGUGAUUGGUACCGACUCCGAGACAGCGGCGUCGGAUGCUACAUUGGAUGGGGCAGCUAGUGGAAAGUCGUCCAUUAUGGAUUAUGAGCACCGGUUUGACAAGGGUCUGGUACUGGAUGCCACCACCGUGAGCAAUUUGGAAGUGCUGACAAACUUGCAUGAUGGCUCUGAAAAGCACUCAUUGAAUGAGUGUCUAAAUCGCUGCAGCACAAACGGUGGACGUCGCCUUUUCCGCUCCUGGCUGCUGCGGCCGUCCGCCAGCUCGCGGGUCAUCGCGGCGCGCCAAGACGCCGUGCAGUUUUUGACGCGGUACAAUUUGCUGCACUCUUUAACGGACAUGGAGGUCAGCGAGCAGGUUGGGGAGAAGCGAUCCCGCUCCAGCGAGGGGCUGUCCCUGUUCUCGUCCGUAGUGUCCGUCGACUUCGAGCGCUUCCUUUCGCGUUUGUCCGACAUACGGCAAAACGACUCGCAAAAAAUCGCGUACGUCGAUCCCAUGGUGCAGUACAAGAAGAACCUUGGCAUCAUUCUCUCGUCGGUGCGGGCCCUAAGCGCGAUGGUAGGCUGGGGCAAGCAGUUCUUUGCACGGUGCCGCGAGGUCGCGUGCGAGCAGGGGACUGGCAUUCCUGCACUUUUAGGGGAACUUCUCGAGGAAGUUACUGCUGCUGAAGCCAGCAACAAGCGCAUCGAAGGCUUGUUCGACCGCCAGGCCGCUGAGGAGAGUGGCCUGCUGAUUCCCUCGCCAGGAACGUCGAGCGUGUUCGACGCGGCAACCACGAAGCUGAGGCAUGUCGAGUCAAAGCUGCACGACGUGCGACGCCAGUUACAACAAGAUGUGUUUCGAGGUGCGCAAGCUCAUUUUACCGAUCUAGGGAAAGAUUUGUUCUUGAUUGAGGUUGCUGUGGCUGAUGCGCCAAAGAUGACACCCGCCGGGAUGGUAGAAAGAGCGCGGAGCGCGAAGAGCGUCAAGUACGUCGUGUCUUCUAUUGAAGCUCUCGUGGAGUCUCACAAGGAGGCCACCGCCAUGAAAGCCGGGGCUUUGCUUACCGUUCUGUGCAGCGUUUCGAGCCGCAUCUGUGACGAGUUUCCGCGUCUCUUUUCGGCUAGUCGGGCCCUAUCGUAUAUUGAUUGUUUACUAAGCUUGGCGCAGCUCCAUCAUGCGUUUCCCACGGUGUGCUAUCCACGGCUUUGCACGGCGCACGAGCGUGAUGUCGCCGUGGUGCGUGGGUGGGACAUGAUCCACCCCCUUCUCACGGGAAAGAACCCUGUAGCGAACAAUGUGAGCCUAGACGAUGCUGAAGGGCGCGUUUUGCUUCUGACUGGUCCUAAUAUGGCGGGCAAGAGCACAUUGAUGCGCACCGUUGCCUUAAACGUGCUUUUGGCACAGUUAGGUGGGCCUGUGCUGGCUACGAGGAUGGAACUCUCCCCCGUUGACCGCGUCUUCACCCGCAUUGGUGCUCGCGAUGCAUCGCACAAAGGCCAAAGCACGCUAUAUGUGGAGCUCAGCGAGACCGCCGAUAUCCUGCACAGCGCAAGCGCGCGCAGUCUGUGCCUUGUCGACGAGCUUGGACGAGGGACGUCGACGCACGAUGGCAUGGCUAUCGCAUACGCCACGCUGCACGCCUUGACGACGGCCAAGCCUGCAGCGCCUCUCACUAUUUUCUCCACACACUACCACGCCCUAGCGAUGGAGCAGGCACGUACAGCAACACCGACUCCCACAGGCGCACACACACGCGUGGUACAGCUGGGGUACAUGGAUUUUGUUCUGAAGUCCGAGACAGCGACUGCCUUUGCGGACGAGGACGCCAACGACACGAGCCGCAGCUGUGCACCGGCCUCGUGCGUGUCAAAUUUGGUGUUUUUGUACCGACUGGUCCGCGGCAUCUGCGCCCGCAGCUACGGCGUAGAGGUGGCGGUGAUGGCUGGUAUCCCACACACGUUGGUGCAGCUGGCAAAGGCAAAGUCAGAGGCGCUGUCGCGCGAGACCGCCUUCCACGAAGAUGUGCGUGGUAUCGAAAAGUUCAUCCGCGCUUGA